AUGCCUGUUGUUCAUUGUUCGUCCAACCUGCCCAUCACUCCAUAUAUCUAUGAGCGUCUAGUAUAUUUUAUUAAGGCAAGCUCUAUAUCAAGCUGCAUAUCUGACAACUUACUUCUUGUUAAUAAAACCUUCAACGACGGAGGUUGUCCACCACAUAUUAACUUCUGCAAUGAUGAGAUAAUUAACCCAACAGCGGGUCAAACAGUGGUUGAAUUAGUUCUUAAUGCAAAAAAAGGUGAAUUAGGCUCGGGUUAUCUGGCUGUUGACCACGGAAAAAAGGUUGUUAUUUUAGCAUUUAGAGGAUCCACAACAAGACAAGAUUGGUUUAGUGAUUUUGAAAUAUAUCCUGUUAACUAUUCUCCCCUUUGCGUUAAGGAAUAUCGUAAGCUUAUAGAGGAAGGAAAAAUCAGAGAAUGUGAAGGUUGUAAAAUGCAUAGAGGAUUUCUAAGGUUCACAGAAACUCUCGGGAUGGACGUCUUUAAAAAAAUGGAGUCGAUUCUGGAAAGCUUUCCGGAAUAUAGGAUCGUUGUCACUGGGCACUCCUUGGGGGCAGCAUUAGCAAGUUUGGCUGGGAUUGAAUUAAAGAUAAGAGGCUUUGAUCCGUUAGUGCUGACAUUCGCAACACCAAAGAUAUUUAACAGUGAAAUGAAACAAUGGGUAGACGAGUUAUUUGAAACAGAUGCUAUAGAAAAGGAGUCAAUUCUUAAAGAUGAAAUUCAAUUUCGUAAGGGCUAUUUUAGGGUUGUGCAUACAGGUGAUUAUAUUCCUAUGGUUCCACCAUUCUAUCAUCCGGCUGGUUUAGAGAUGUUUAUUAACAAAGUUGGUCUACCUCAGAAUGCGGAAGAUAUUGAAUACCGUGGUAAAAAUAACAGGUUAACUUUAAAGGAUGGAUUUCGAGAGGGUAUGAGCGGUUUGGUUGAAGACUGGUUACAUGUCUAUGAACAUCGAGCCUACUUCAUUGACGUAGUGGGAUGUUCUGGACUUUAA